CAGAGCCGCCUCAGUCCCGGGACCCGAGUGCGGCGCGACGGGCCCUAAAAGCUGUGCGCGUCGUUUCCGCCAAGACUUCUGUGAGCCGUCGGGAUGUGGCUCUCCCUGGUGCUGCUGUUGGUGCUGCUGCUGCUCGCGGGCGUCCGCCGUGUCUACUUGGGGCUGUUCGCCGGGCGCUCCCCGAACCCCUUCUCGCAGGACGUCAAGCGGCCGCCCGCGCCCCUGGUGACCGACAAGGAGGCCAGGAAAAGGGUCCUUAAGCAAGUUUUCUCAGCAAGUCAAGUGCCAGAGAACCUGGAUGUGGUGGUGAUUGGCAGUGGCAUUGGGGGCCUGGCUGCAGCUGCGAUUCUGGCGAAAGCUGGCAAGCGAGUCCUGGUCUUGGAGCAGCACACCAAGGCAGGGGGCUGUUGUCAUACCUUUGGCAAAAAUGGCCUUGAGUUUGACACAGGGAUCCAUUAUAUUGGGCACAUGGAGGAGGGCACCUUUGGCCGCUUUAUCUUGGACCAGAUUACUGAAGGGCAGCUGGACUGGGCUUCUCUGUCCUCGCCUUUUGACACAGUGGUACUAGACAUGCCCAGUGGCCGAAAGGAGUUCCCCAUGUACAGCGGGAAGAAAGCAUACAUUGAAGGCCUCAAGGAGAAGUUUCCCCAGGAAAAAGAUGUCAUCGACAAGUACAUAAAGCUGGUGAAGGUGGUAGCCGAUGGAGCCACUCACGCCCUCUUGCUGAAGUUCCUCCCAUUGCGCUUGGCCCAGCUCCUCAGCAAGUGUGGGCUGCUGACUCGGUUUUCUCCAUUCCUGCAUGCGUCCACCCAGAGCCUGGCUGAGGUCCUGCAGCAGCUGGGGGCCUCCCCUGAGCUCCAGGCCGUGCUCAGCUACAUUUUCCCCACCUAUGGUGUGACCCCCAGCCGUACCACCUUUUCCAUGCAUGCUCUGCUGGUCAACCACUACCUACAGGGGGCCUUUUAUCCCCGAGGGGGUUCCAGUGAAAUCGCCUUUCAUAUCAUCCCUGUGAUUAAGCAAGCCGGGGGCGCUGUCCUCACAAAGGCCACUGUGCAGACUGUGUUGUUGGACUCAGCUGGGAAAGCCUGUGGUGAGAGCUGUGCUGUGAGCUCCGGGGUCCCCGAGGGCAGAAGGCACAAAGGAACCCACCUUCUGCAGGCUGAGGGGCCAGGUGUCCGUGUGAAGAAGGGACAAGAGCUGGUGGACAUCUACUGCCCCACUGUGGUCUCCAGUGCAGGCCUGUUCAACACCUAUGAGCACCUACUGCCGGAGAGUGCCCGCUGUCUGUCAGGUGUGCAGCAACAGCUGCAGAUGGUGCGGCCAGGCCUGAGCAUGUUCUCUGUCUUCAUCUGCCUGCACGGGACCAAGGAGGAGUUGGGUCUGCAGUCCACCAACUACUAUGUUUAUUUCGACAUCAACAUGGAUAAGGCGAUGGAGCGCUACAUCUCCAUGCCCAGGGAGAAGGCUGUGGAACACAUACCCCUCUACUUUGUUGCUUCCCCUUCAAGCAAGGACCCGACCUGGCCAGGCCGCUUCCCAGACCGGUCCACGCUGACUGUGCUGAUACCUACUGCCUACGAGUGGUUUGAGGAGUGGCAGGAGGAGCCGCAAGGGAAGCGAAGCCAUGACUAUGAGACCCUCAAAAGCUCCUUUGUUGAAGCCUCCAUAUCCAUGAUCCUCAGACUGUUCCCACAGCUGGAGGGGAAGGUGGAGAGCGCCACGGGAGGGUCCCCACUGACCAAUCAGUUCUUCCUGGCUGCUACCCGAGGGGCCACCUAUGGGGCCGACCAUGACCUGGACCGCCUGCAUCCUUACGUGAUGGCUUCCAUCAGGGCCCAGAGCCCCAUCCCCAACCUCUACCUGUCAGGCCAGGACGUCUUCACCUGCGGGUUGAUGGGGGCCCUGCAAGGGGCACUGCUGUGCAGCAGUGCCAUCCUGAAGCGGAACCUAUACUCAGACCUCAAGGAUCUCGGCUCAAGAGUGCGGGCCCAGAAGAAGAUAAUGUAGUUCCUUAGGGACAACGAGUGGCCCCUGCACCUGCCCUGACCCACCUGUAAUGCCUUUACUGCACUGUUAGUUCUUUGCACACAGAAAGCACUAAUUGCACUGAUUUCUGAACACACUUCUCCAGUGGAGCUUUUCCUUACCUCUGAGGACAUGUCUUUACUCCUCAAGUGGCCAGGCUGCUGAUGUGGACAGUUUGAGGCUCAGAUAGGUGGUGCUGCGGUAGAAAGUCGGUCGGGACUAGGAUGUGGGCAAAGCCCAGGGAUGACACCUAUAGUUUGCUGGUACAUAUCCAAGUUGUUCAUCCCCCCAUGCCCCCCCCCCUUUUGAUUUGGGGUAUCUGUACACAAUGAGAUGCCUUAGGAAUGGGACCUAGGUCUAAACAAUUAAUUUUGCAGUGCUGGUGAUGGAACUCAGGGUCUUGUGUAUGCCAGGCAAAUGCUCUGAGCUACACCCCAGGCCAAAAAUUGCAUUCAUGUUUCAUAUAUACCUUAUAUACAAACCAAGAGUAAUUUUGUGAUACUUGGAACAAUUUUUUUUUUGCAUUUUGACUUCUUGUCACAUGAGGUCACAAUGGCACUCAGAAAACUUUGUAAAAUCCAAGAAUUCUUGAUGUCAGUAAAGGAUGCUCAGCCAAAGGUUAAGAAAGAUACCAUUUUCCCUUAUUACCUGAAUCACCAAGGGUCUUAUUUUAGUACACUUUAAUACAGAAUUAAUAAAUGUAAUGGUUUCAUUGCUUUGA